AUGUAUCUCUCCUCACUGGGACGGUCGUGUGUAUCCUCCCUAACAAGGAGCGCGCGACCAUCCCACCUCUUCUUGCAAGGUCUUCGCGUUCCAGCCGUCCUGCAACAGUCCCAGACCCAGGCCCGAUGGAGUUCACACUCGCCCAUGGGCUCGCCGCCAACGGAGCCCAGGAAAAAGGUCACCAUCGGCAAGCUCCGGGCCAUGCACAGGAAGGGGGAACCCAUCACCAUGAUCACCGCCCACGACUUCCCUAGUGCCCAUGUCGCCGACGCCGCUGAUAUAGACGUCAUCCUUGUCGGGGACAGCCUCGCCAUGGUCGCACUGGGGAUGGAGGACACGAGCGAAAUCGUGGUGGAGGAGAUGCUCCUGCACUGCCGGUCCGUUGCGCGUGCGACCAAGUCUGCGUUUGUUGUUGGAGAUCUGCCCAUGGGCUCCUAUGAGGCUGGGCCCACGCAAGCUCUCCAGACGGCAAUCCGUUUCGUCAAGGAGGGCCGCAUGCAGGGUGUCAAGCUCGAGGGCGGUAAAGAGAUGGUCCCCGCCAUACAGAAAAUCACCACUGCUGGGAUACCAGUCCUUGGCCAUGUAGGUUUGACCCCACAGCGGCAGAAUAUGCUGGGAGGCUUCCGCGUCCAGGGCAAGACCGCAGCCAGUGCGAUGGAGGUACUCGACGAUGCUCUCGCCGUCCAAAAAGCUGGAUGUUUCGCGGUUGUUCUAGAAGCGGUCCCGGCCGAAGUUGCCGCCAUCGUCACCCAGAAAUUGUCCAUCCCGACCAUCGGAAUAGGCGCCGGAAAUGGCUGCUCGGGCCAAGUGCUUGUCCAGAUCGACAUGACAGGCAAUUCUCCACCUGGGAGGCACCUCCCCAAAUUUGUCAAGAAGUACGGUGAUGUCUGGUCCGAGAGCCUCCGGGCUAUCAAGACAUACCGAGAAGAGGUGAAGACUCGGCAAUAUCCGGCCCCUGAGCACACCUAUCCGAUCGCGAAGGAGGAGCUGGAGGGGUUUGCCGAAGCCGUCAAGGGGAUAUGA